UAGCGUGGCAGUGACGUCACUCAGGUUUGCGCAGCGGCACUCCGGUGGCUGACGAACCUGCUGCUGCUUCGGGCUUGUUUGCGCCAUUUGGGACUGAAACGGGACAGUCAGAGAGCGGUAACGGAAGCGGGCUGACGGUGCAGCUGGACUCCGCGCAGGGGGCGUUCCUGUCGGGACAGAAUGUGGGGCAUUUGCAGAAAAACGGCGGUGGGGAUGGCGAAAGCGUGUGGAUUAGUGAGACCUCAGCACUUUGUCAAGCCGGUGUCGGUGACUCGGGUCUCCGGGAGAUACCGGUCACAUCAGCAGGGGUUGCCUACUCUGCCUGUGCCCCCCCUUCAGCAGACCUGUGAGCGCUACAUCGCUGCCUUAGAACCCAUCACAGACGUCGACGACCUGAGACACACCAAGAAGUUGGUGGAAGAGUUCCAGAAAACAGGAGGGAUUGGAGAAAGACUGCAGAGAAGCCUUGAAAAGAGAGCACGCCGUGCAGAAAACUGGUUGUCCGACUGGUGGGUUCAAGUGGCUUAUCUGGAGUACCGGAUGCCGGUGGUGGUCCAUUCCAGCCCUGGGUUGGUUUUGCCGCGGAGGACUUUCAGCGAUCAGAAGGAUCAAAUAAGGUUUGCUGCCAAACUUAUAGCAGGUGUUCUGGACUUUAAGACAAUGAUUGACAAUGAGACUCUGCCAGUGGAGUACAUGGGGGGGAAGCCCCUGUGUAUGAACCAGUACUACGAAGUUCUGUCAUCCUGCCGGAUCCCUGGUCUGAAGAGAGAUUCUGUGGUGAACCAUGCCAAGAGUUCCCCCCCGCCCAGACACAUUACUGUGGUACACAACUUUCAGUUCUUUGAGCUGGACGUGUAUAACAGGGAUGGGAGUCCGCUGACGGUGGAGCAGCUUCACGUUCAGCUGGAGAGGAUCUGCAGAGCUGCAGCAGAACCCAGCGCCGAGCCUGUAGGCAUCCUCACCACCAUGCAUCGGGAUUCCUGGGGAAAGGCCUAUCUAAACCUCAUCAAAGACAAGGUCAACAAAGACUCGGUUUCCAUUAUCCAGAGGAGCAUCUUUACACUGUGCCUUGAUGGAGCGAAGCCUCAAGUCACCGAGGAAACACACCGAAGCAAUGCUGCCACUCAGAUGCUCCAUGGUGGAGGCAGCCUUCAGCAUAGUGGAAACCGCUGGUUUGACAAGACUCUGCAGUUUAUUGUUGGACAAGAUGGGUCAUGUGGUGCAAACUACGAGCACGCUCCAGCUGAGGGCCCGCCCAUUGUGGCCUUAAUCGACCAUGUUGUGGAGUUCACGAGGAGGGCAGAAGCAGCUGAAUCUCCAACAUCAUCUUUACCUGUGCCUCAGAAAUUACUCUUUAACAUCACGCCAGACAUCAAGGAAGACAUUGAGGAGGCCAAGCGCAGUAUGGACAAACUAGCACAAGACCUGGACAUGAAGGUUAUGGUGUUUGAGCACUUUGGGAAAAACGUCCCCAAAAUGUAUAAGAUGAGCCCUGAUGCCUUCAUUCAGAUGGCCCUGCAGCUGGCCUACUACAGGAUGUACCAGAGCUGCUGUCCCACAUAUGAAAGUGCCUCUUUGCGUAUGUUCAGACGAGGCCGCACCGACACCAUCCGGUCAGCCUCGACGGCCUCUGCUUCCUUUGUCAAGGCCUUUGAUGACCCUGGUAAACAGAACACAGUGAAGCGUGACCUGAUGGAGAAAGCUGUGCAGGCUCACAGGUCUUACACCAACAUAGCAAUCAGUGGCCAAGCCAUAGACAGACAUCUGCUGGGCCUGAAGAUGCAGGCUGCUGAGGAAGAUCUUAGUGUUCCUGCCAUCUUCACAGACCCUGCCUACGCUAAAGCCCUACACUAUCAACUGUCCACCAGCCAGGUACCCUCCAAGACCGACUGCGUCAUGUGUUUUGGUCCGGUUGUACCCAAUGGGUAUGGUGUAUGCUACAACCCUAUGGAGGACCACAUCAAUUUUGCUGUGUCAUCAUUUAACAGCUGUAAGGAAACAAACGCGGGGCGUCUGGCUGAGGCAGUGCAGGACGCUCUACUGGAUAUGAAGAUACUCCUGGAAAAGACUCCCAAAUCCAAACUGUGAGGCUCAGCGUGAUCCAGUCCACCUUGUUGUCUGCAACGCAGAAGACAGCAGCUACAAGGAGUUCAUAGCGUGACUUGAGAGCUGUCAUUUGAUAGUUUCAUCCAGCUCUUAUCGCGUUGUUAAUCACCACUUUGCACUUUAAUAUUCUGUGAUUUUGCCUUGAAAGCAUUGCAACACUACAGUGUUGCUUUAGUUCCAGACUGUCUCUGGGAAAUCAUGAUACUCUGAUGUACUGAUUCACUAGAAAAGUAGAAGACUGAAUAUUAUGCAUUGAUGAUCAACCAUGUUAGGAUGUAAUUAAUAAUAAAUCAACAACUUUCAGGGGUCUGAAAUAUAAUAAUGAUGUCUGGAAUUUAUGUUUUUAUUAGCCAAAAAAUAAAACACAAAAUAAAUGUUAGCAGCUGAUCUCCUAACAAGCUAAUCCAAAUCCAUGAGUGCCUUAAACCUGUGGUGCUCUGAAUGUCUCCCUGCUGUUUUUGAAGAGUUGCUUUUGAAGUCAUUUUUAUGGUUUUGUCUGUUUAAACGUUUAUAAUUCUAAAGUGCAAUAGCAUGUUGAAUAUUGAAUCUAAAAGCUAGACAUUUUCAGCACAUUUACCUGAAAACUGAAAUGACUGAACUCUGUUGGUAGAGGACAUUUUUACUGUAAAGUUCUGUUGGCCAGUUAGCAGUUUAAAGGUGUGCAGCUCUGAUAAAUGAGAUGUAAUUAUUACAUUCAUAAAUUAAAAAAAUGUGCAAAAGUAUUGUAAAUGUUAUCAAACAAAUCAUGCUUACUUUGACAUUUUGUUUUGAAUAAAUUCAGACUUAACAAGUGACUGUUUAAA